AGGUUGUAGAGGAGGUUGUUGAAGUUGAAGAUCAGGGUGAUGCUGUGCAUCGUCGCCUGAACUCCCCAUCCAGUGGCAUCCAUUUGCGUUUGGGCAGUAGAGCAAAUGAAGAGGAAGACCUGAGACACAGUAUUUUGAAACAUCGUGUUGAGCAUAGGAAUAAUGAGAGCCGUAAACGACACAAGGUUCCAGUUACAGAAAGGUUAGGAGGUGUAGCUGGUAGAGCUUUAGCAGAAACUUUAGGUGCCCAUGUUCGUAAGCCUCAGGUUAAGAGACUUGCAAGUAAAAAGGAGGUGGCUUUAAGUGAUAAAACCUUAAAAACAAUAGCUCAGAGAUUAGGGAAUCAGACAGGCUCAACAUCCAGGAGAUUAGGUCCUCCUGCAAAAGAGUCUCCAAAAAAUAAAAAUUCACCUGCAGAAAAACAAAGUGAGCGCCCAGUUGCAAGUAGGAUUGGAAUGAAGCGUGGUCAUAUUUUUGAAGACAAAGAAGAAUUUGAAGAUUCUGCCAAAGAAAGUGAAACCAGUAGAAAGAAACAGGUGCAUAAGACAGAACCCUUGGAACUUGACUUUACCAUUAAAAGUUUAGCUGAUAUCAGAGCUGAAAAACAGAAGAAAGGUUCCAUCCAAAAAGUACAAACGACAAAUGGAACCAAAAAUGGGACCAAGAAAUACAUGUCAGAAAUAAAGGAAACAAAAUUACCCAAAAAAGAAAAUGAAUUCAGAAUCAUGACAUUAGCAGAAAUUAAAGCAUCAAAGAAAAUCUCUUCUGCAAAUGAUCUGGGGUUAGAGAAACAACCAAAGAGGGCUAUUUCACCUAUAUCAUUUUCAGAAAACUCUUCAAAAAAAAUAAGAAGUAUGGAGGCAUCUCAAAUCUCCAGUGUACCAAGCCUAGAUAAGAAAGAAGGCAAGACAAUCUUAGGUACAAGAAAGAUUGCUAUAAAUAGAUCAUCAGUAAAGAUUUCAGAAACUGUCUCAGAAUCUGCCUCAGCAGAAAAAGUUUCAGAAUCCACAAAUGCAACAGUACAAUUGAAAAAAUCAUCUACAAAUAUUUCAGAUAACACAAGUUCUACAAUACAUAACAAAAACAUAACUCAUGUAAAUGCAAAAACUUCUACACCAGUUCCUGCAAAAAAACAUUCAGUUUCUAGUGAAAAGAUGCUUACAGUAAGUAGAAUGGACUCCCUGUUGGAAGAUGAGGAGGCACUAUUACUAGGAGGAGACAUGCUGGAAUUAGAUGAUGAUGAUGAGAUUGAUGAGGCAGAACUGUUACUCUGAUAUGAUACAAAAAAAAUCAUUAUCAGCUAUACAAGCUUGGACCUCCCAAAUUCAGUCAAGAUUUUGGAAGUUUAUUUGAAAUAUGAAUAUAUGACAUGAAGGUGAUUACUGAAUAUGUAGAUUUUGUAAUAAUAUUGAUAUCAGUUUGAGCAAAACAUUUUUUAUGACAGUUCUGUGUUAUGAAAUUUCAUGCCAUGUUUUCCGAGUGAAUACUUUGUUUUAUGAAAAAAGUUUCAUCAUUGUAUAAUUAAAGUUGCUAUUUCUUUUAUUUUGGUAUGUGAGCUAUAAAGAGGACAAGUUAUAUUGUCUUCAAAAAGUUUUAACAAAAUUUUCAGCAUAUAGUUGAAUAAAAAAAUUCAAAACAGCAUUCCUGAUCUUAGAUUUCUUAAACUUGUAUUUGAAUUCAUGUGUCCCAGUAAAGGGUAUUUUAAGGGUAGUCACAUUAGUUUUUAUGGAAUGAAAAUAUGGUUCAAAGCUCACUGAAACUACCUCUCAGUAAUAAUGUUCAGAGUUUCCUUUGAAUAGAAGGCAUUUUAAAGCACUGUUGUAUUUUCAUAUGUGCCAUACAUUUAGUAUAUCUAUAAAGACAAAUUGUAUGUUUUGUGUUUCAAAAACCAUCAUGUUCCUUAAGUCACCCAUUAUUAUUUGUGUUAACUUUUAUUUGUAAAGUUAAUGCUUAUACCAUCAGUAUAUGACUUUCAGGAGUUGCCCAGUUUUAUGUGGCACAUUUAGAACCAAAGCAUGGUAUCAUGUGAGAGCUGGGCAAUCACAACAAAGCACAUAUUAAUGUGCAUGCACUAAUUCUGUGCUUUGUUUUAGGUUUCAAAAAUACAGUUGCCACUCACUGAUAAUCUUUAUAUCAUGAAUAUGUCUUGUGUAAUUUUUUUUUAAAUAUAAGAUCCACAACAAAAUCUGUAUCAAGAAAACCGUUAGACAGUUUGGUUAUUAAGUACUUAGAUAAUUUACUGAACUCUUUUUCAGUUGUAGUGCUGGAAUAAUGCAAUUAAAUGUUCAUGUGGACGGAGAAAAAUGGUUUAUAUUUGCUUUCUUGUCAGUAGUUUUGUACAGGUAAGUGAAACAAGAGAAUAGUGGCUGGCUCAUCUUUCUUUAAUUUUGGAAUUAGUAACAUGUAUGGACAUUAAAUCUCCAACAAAAAUCCAGGGACUGCAGGCAUGGUGAAAAGUCCAACUCUGUCUAGCCAUUAAUUCUUAUUAGAGACAAUGCUGCAGGUUGCAUUUCCCUUGUCCACAGAUUGACCUUGGAGAUUACAUCUAACUACUGAUUUUAUCUUUUGAUUUUUCUUCUCACUCAUUUGGAACCAGUGAUUGUUCUCUAUUUUCACUGCUUGUCUGUUAACUAAAAAAAUGAAAAACCGUCUUGCUGCAAGCAUUCAAGACCAGUUCAUUCACCACAGGGAACUACAAGUAAAUAGGAGUUGAUGACUUCUUUUAUUCUGGGAUGAAAUUUGCCCAGAAUAAUCUCAUGCAUAAACUAGUUGUUUAGAUGAAGAAUACUAUAUAUUUGCACCAAUUCUUUUUAAAAAAUUGUUAACAGACCAUGUUGCAGUUACUGAUUAAGCUGAUAGGAUGUAAAAACAAAGGAUAUUACAUAUCAGUUUCAUUUUCCAUAAACUGUUUUGUCUAUUUAGGUAUUAUUUUUAAUGAAAAUGUUUUAAAAUUGUGAUGAAAUUUAAAUGCAUAUAAUUUUUUUUUAGGAAAAAUGCAUAUGUGAGUGGUAUGCAUACCUUAUUUAUAGGAAGUUCUUUGUGUAAGUAAGGCUGUUAAAUAUAAUUUGCUUAGGAAAUGAAGUCAUGAUUCUCGAUAUUUUAUAUUUUCCCAGACUUAGACUAAUGGUGGCUUUUGACAUCAUGAGGUAUCUGUGAUGCUCCUGGAAAUUGGACCUGAGAACUAUUUUUGUUGUAAUACUUUCUGCAGCACGUCCUGGACACAAGUGUUGCCAGUUUAUGGACCUGAGAACAGUCAUUGUUUACAGUAGACAUGAAAUUAGAAUAUACACUUUUAUGAUAA